AUGCAUUUUAAAUGUGUCUCUGAUUAUGAAUAUGAUGAUAAAAAUAAACAGGAUGUACAUAUCUCUUUAGAUUACGACUUUCCAAAUAAGACGAUGAAAGUUUCACCAAGAAGUAUAAUUGAAAAAAAAAUAAAAAAUUAUGUUCAUUUAGGAUAUACGACAGAUGAAAGCCUUAACAAUGCUUCCGACAUUAGCAGUGAUGAAAAAAAUAGAACAAAUAAUUAUUCCGAUAAAAAUUCAGAUUUAGAAAAGCAUUUGUUUCUUUUAAAUAAAUUAGUAAAAGAAGAAGAAGAAUUUUUCAUUAAUAUGGAGUAUUAUUUUAUUUUCUCUAAGUUUAAUACAUCUUAUGGAAAAUACUUAAAAUUUGAAAAAAAAAAAGAAAUGCUUAAAUAUAUGAAUAAUUUUAUAUUUAAAAGACUUAGAGGAAUAGAGAAAAGUAGUUUAUUUGAGUGUUUUAUAGAUGGUUUAUUAAAGAUUUCUUUAUUUGAAAAUAAUACUUUUGUACUUAAAAUUUACAAUAAAAAAGAAAAAGAAUCAAAUUAUUUUUACUUUGAUCAUAAAUUUUUAUUAUCAAAUAUAGGCCUUAUUUUAAAGCAAAAUUUUUUAAUGGAGAGUUCAUUACAACAGUAUAAUAUUGAAAACAAUAUAAAUACAUCACGUAAAUUUUUGAGAGAUAUCCCAUUAAGUUGUGGCCUUGUAGUUGAUUUUGAUUAUUUCAAAGAAUGUUUUGAGCAAAGGGGACAUCAUGAUAUGAAAUUAAUUGAUAUUCUUGAAAUUCUAGAUGGAACUACAUAUUUUCUUAAUAUGGAACAUAAAUAUGUCAGUUUACAUGCAUCUAUGUUUGGAAGUAACAUAGAUACUGAUUAUAAAGAAGAUUAUCAUAGGAAAUAUUAUUAUUUGUUUGACAAAGUAGAAGAAACAAAGAAUUUCUUUACACAAAAUGGAAUUAAAUUAAACAUACAUUUUUAUGAAAUAAGUUUAUAUCAUAAUAAACAUUACAAAACAAUGGGAAUGACAGAAGGUUUAAUAUGUGAUAUACAAAAUAUGCUGCAAAAUGAAGAAAUUGAUAAUAUAUUUUUGUUUAGUGGAGAUAAAGAUGUAAUAAAUUAUUGCUAUAAUUCUAUAUAUCAUAGAAUUUCACAUAAAAUAAACGAUACCCAAGAAAUAUAUUCAUUUGAAGAAAAUUAUAUAAGUAGUAGUCCAAAAAUAAUAUUUAGUAAACCUAUUAUUAUUUUCUUAUUUUUUAAUAAUUUACCAUUAGAAUUUACUAAAUCUGAAAAUAUAAUAAAAAUUGACUUUUUUUGUUAUAUGUCAUUUGUUCUUAAGAGUUUAUUUUUCCGAUACCAAAGGAGAAAAUUAAAAGAAUUUCAAAACGACAAUGAUGUUAAUGAAGAUUUUAUAAAUAAGAAAAUUGAUCAUUUUAAUGAGAAAAUUGACGAAAUAAAAGAACCUCUUUAUACAAUUUUAGUAGAUGAAUUUAUUAUGAGAUUUAAGUUACUUAAUUUUAGAGAAGAAAAAAUUGAUAUUUCACAAAUUUUUUGUUCAUAUUUUAGUUCUAAUUACUAUAUUUUAACUAAUUAA